UCUAGCUUUGCUUACGUAUGGUUGUUAUAUUAUUGUAUAAAAUUGGAGUGAAACGAACCAGAGGCGGCGAUCUCAGCAUUUGUGCAGCAGAGCAUUUAAAUAGACGCUGAAAUCCAUUUCGGAAUUUCCCCAAAAAUUCUGGAAUGGCGUCCCCUCAUAAGACCCACAUUCCUCUCCCUCCGGACCCUGGUGACAAACCCGUUGAGAACGAAGAAUGUUUGUCUACAGUUCCAAUCCAUGUUGUCACCCAUGCUUCUCAACUUCCUGCAGAAUUCCUGCAGCCUUCACAUGAGAAGCAACUGGUCAUAGGCUUUGACUGUGAGGGGGUGGAUCUCUGCCGUCACGGGACUCUUUGUAUCAUGCAGCUUGCCUUUUCAAAUGCCAUAUAUCUGGUUGAUGCCAUUGAGGGUGGAGAGACACUUGUUAAAGCGUGUAAGCCUGCACUUGAGUCUAAUUACAUCACUAAAGUCAUCCACGACUGCAAACGAGAUAGUGAGGCGCUAUACUUUCAGUUUGGCAUUAAGUUGCAUAAUGUCGUGGACACGCAGAUUGCUUAUUCUCUGAUAAAGGAGCAAGAAGGACAGACAAGAGUGCCAGAUGACUACAUAUCAUUUGUUGGCUUGCUUGCUGACCCACGGUUUGGUGGUAUAUCGUAUGUUGAAAAGGAAGAAGUUCGCAUUCUCUUGAGGCAGGAUCCGAAGUUCUGGACAUAUAGACCAUUAUCUGAACUAAUGGUCCGGGCAGCUGCAGACGAUGUCCGCUUUCUUCCAUUUAUUUACCAUAAGAUGGUGGAGAAGUUAAACCAGAGAUCGCUGUGGUAUCUUUCAGUUCGUGGUGCACUUUAUUGCCGUUGUUUCUGCAUCAGUGAAAAUAAUUUUGACGACUGGCCAGCAUUGCCUCCAGUUCCAGACAAUCUGAUUGCUGAUGAAAAUGCUCCAGAAGAAGAGAUUCUGUCUGUUCUUGAUGUUCCACAAGGAAAAAUGGGAUGUGUUAUUGGAAAACGAGGAGCUAAUAUCCUGUCGAUAAAGGAAUCAUGCAGCGCUGAAAUAUUUUUCGGAGGUGAUAAGGGUCCUCCAGACAAGGUCUUCAUAGUUGGCCCAGUAAAGCAAGUCAGGAAAGCAGCAGCCAUGAUAAGGGGUAGAAUGCUGCAAAUCUACUAGCAAAAGUUCUUGGUGUAAAUAAAUGGUCUGUAUUUGAUAUCUUGUGUUUGUGAAAAAUUGGGGCAUAAACAAAGCACGUUCCAAUUUUGAUGUAUAUUGAAGGGGCUGUAUCGAAUAUUUUAGACCAGUUGUGACUUGAACCCAGGAUCCCCCUUCGAUCGUAACUCUUUAAAAGACAAUUACAUAUGCAGCGUAUUUUCCAAUGCGG